ACACUUUGGUAUUUACAUCAUGUUUUUCUUAAACAAUAAGUUAUUUAUGGGCCUUAUAGCUAAAACUGAACUACGAUACGUCAUUAAUGCGUCAUGAUCUACGUACUUCCGGUCCGCACUUCCUUAGCAUCGUGCUAGCUGCUAACCAGUUAGUGUGCCGCGUGCCUCGCUCACGAGUGGCUGCUGAUAUGAUGAGCGGACAGACGAGUGCGGUAGUUGUCGGGGCGUGUGGGGUCCUCUUCCUCGCAUACUGUAUUUAUUUUGACAGAAAGCGACGGAGCGACCCUCUGUUCAAGGAAAAGCUACGUGAACGUAGAAGAAAGCAAAACGUUUCUAGUGAAAGUUCUGGAGUGGCAAGGCUACCUGACAUGAAGGACGCAGAAGCUGUUCAGAAAUUCUUUUUGGAGGAAAUCCAGCUGGGAGAGGAGCUCCUGGCAACAGGUGACUUCGAGAAAGGUGUGGACCACCUGACCAACGCCAUUGCGGUCUGCGGUCAACCUCAGCAGCUGCUUCAGGUGCUCCAGCAGACGCUGCCGCCUCCAGUCUUCCAAAUGCUGCUCACCAAACUGCCCACCAUCAGCCAGCGAAUCAUCGGCUCUCAGCCAUUAACAGAAGAUGACGUCGAAUGAGUGUGUGAGAUGGAACUCUGAACGAGAAUCGUCAGCUGUCUUUAACAGAAGAUGACGUGGAAUGAAUUUGUGCAAUCGCGAGUAAGACGGAAAACUGCUACUCAGAUCGUCUUGAUUAUUUCGGACACUGAUAUUUUUUGCACUGUCUGGUUGUGACUGCAGUAGCUGUCUGCAUGAGGACAUGACAGAGCUCAACCUUUUGGACAUUAGGGGACGGAUUCCCUCAAUCAUUGCACUCCACGGUUAAAUAAACGUUUCUGGGAGAUGUUAAACAUUCCAUCUUUCUGAUCAUAUUCCCAUCUGUUUAUUCUAUUGUUCUCAAAUGGAAUUUUGUGCUUUAUUUGUGGGGGUUGUUGCUGAUGUGUAUUUAAUUAAAAAUAAAGUAUGUAAUUGAUUUGUUACAUAUUGCUGCACAGUUUAAUCAUGAAGUGUGUCUAAGAGUGCCUACACUAAGCAAAACAUUUGUUUGUGGACUAUUGUCACGUUUUCAAAAUUGUUUUUCCAAUGUGAGUAAAAUAUUAUUUUUAUAUUCCAGUUUAUCAUAUCUGGAAAUAUUUGUAUGUGUAAAAUCCUACAAUAAAACAUGA